CUAUAUUCGGGCGUCAUUGUGCAUGGGCCGCGAUACAAGACGUCAGUACUCCUCCAGUCACCAAUGUUUUUGCGUCCUGCCGUCGCGGGGUCAUUUGCUGCAGCGUUUGUAUGACUGGCCAGGCCUGCAUGUCGUCGUGACCAUUGCGGUGCUGCCUGUUGCUUCUCUUCUCCAUGACAGCCAGCGCCUGUGCCCAGUUGUGCGACCUGGGGUUUGCGGAGCACACGUUGGCAGAGCAUCAGCAAAAGUCGUACUGCGGGGGAAAACCACAAGAGCAAUGCCUAUGAUAAUGAACGCUUCAUGACGAGGCAUCCGUCCUCCGAAACAGCAGGGCUCA